CUUCCAGUCCCUCUCUGCUGUCUUGGUUUCUGUAUGGAGGGGAUCAGAGAUCCUCCGGGGCAGUUUGGGCCCCUGUGAAGUUUUGGAAGAGGCACAGCCAGCAGUUUGCCAGCUGCUGAUUUGCAAAACAGGUGGAAGCUACGGAGAAGUGACUGGACCAUCUAGACCAAGCGAGGCAUGCAUCCUUUUCUUGCCAGAGCCAAAUCUGAGACUCGGGCCUUUGCACAAGGGGUGUGACGCACGGAUGGCUGAGUUCCCAUAGCUGUCAAGAAGCCCCCGCUGGCACCACUGACAGCUGCUACCCGUGGCCAUGGAAACAGUGCCGGGCUGCCUGGCAUGAAGAAGGCAGGAGCAGACAACUGAAGGAAGGGACCUGGCUUGACAAAGGAUCUCACGCCAUCUCUAGCAAAGGCUCCUUGGCAUCAGGCAUUGCAAAGCUGGAAGCUGGACACAGGUGACCCACCCUUGGAUUUUAGCCUUUGGCAUCACUUUUUGGCACAGUGGAGUCCAACAGUGCCGGAGACUGUGAGACUGAUCGCAGAAGAGGAGAAACAACAUGUUGCUGAGCUCUCUGGUGUUGGAAAUGAGCAUCAGAGCAUCUGUCUGAUCCGUCUUAGGAGCAGGUGGCCUGGGUGGCCUGGGGUUUCCAUCCUUGGAUGUUUGCUGAAAAUAGAAGAGAUAAUAUUGCAGGGAAACCUUGCCUUGUUCUGGAGAAAAGAGUGCAAACUACAAAGGAAAAUCUGAUUUAGGGAUCUUGAGACCUGAUUCUGAAAGAAGUUGUUUUUAAUAUCUUGAAAAGAGGACCAGAGCUGGUGCUUUCUGUGUGCCGCCUUGCCACCAAACUCUUGCAGGACUCCUUCUUGGUCUCCAGGAUUUGGCUUUUUUUAAGUCCUGUACCUGCUUGAACUUCAACAGGACAACAAGGAGAUCAUCAGCAAGACCCCAGAAUGACAGGUGUGUGCGGCUGCUGCGGAGCACUGCGUCCCCGUUACAAGAGGCUGGUGGACAACAUUUUUCCUGAAGAUCCAGAGGACGGGCUGGUAAAGACCAACAUGGAAAAGCUGACCUUCUAUGCCCUCUCUGCUCCCGAGAAGCUGGACCGGAUUGGUGCUUAUUUGUCAGAGAAAUUGAUCAGAGAUGUCAGUAGACAUCGAUAUGGGUACGUCUGCAUUGCAAUGGAAGCCUUGGAUCAGCUGCUGAUGGCUUGCCAUUGCCAAAGCAUCAACCUUUUUGUGGAAAGCUUCUUGAAAAUGGUGGCUAAGCUCCUAGAGUCGGAGAAGCCCGAUCUGCAAAUCCUGGGCACCAACUCGUUCGUGAAGUUUGCCAACAUUGAGGAAGACACCCCUUCCUAUCACAGGAGCUACGACUUCUUCGUCUCCCGCUUCAGCGAAAUGUGCCACUCGAGCCACGACGACAUGGACAUCCGGACAAAGAUCCGGAUGUCCGGGAUUAAAGGGCUCCAAGGGGUGGUCCGGAAGACAGUGAAUGAUGAGCUGCAGGCCAACAUCUGGGACCCUCAGCACAUGGACAAGAUUGUCCCUUCUCUGCUUUUCAACCUUCAACAUGUGGAGGAAGCAGAAAGUCGUUCUCCAUCUCCUUUGCAAACCACCGAGAAGGAGAAAGAGAACCCGGCAGAGCUGGCAGAGCGAUGUUUGAGGGAACUCCUGGGCCGAGCGGCUUACGGCAACAUCAAAAAUGCCAUCAAGCCAGUUCUUAUCCACCUGGACAACCACUCACUGUGGGAGCCAAAGACCUUUGCGAUCCGUUGCUUUAAGAUCAUCAUGUACUCAAUUCAGCCCCAGCAUUCCCAUUUAGUGAUCCAACAACUGCUGAGCCACUUGGAUGCCAACAGCAAAAGUGCCGCUACCGUCCGAGCCGGGAUUGUGGAGGUCCUUUCUGAAGCAGCCAUCAUUGCUGCCUCUGGAUCAGUUGGUCCGACAGUCCUUGAGGUCUUCAACACGCUUUUGCGGCAAUUGCGCCUGAGCAUUGAUUAUGCCCUGACGGGCAGCUAUGACUGUAUCAUCACAGGUGGCACCAAGAUCAUCAAGGAACAUGAAGAGCGGAUGUUCCAGGAGGCCGUCAUCAAGACCACAGGUUCCUUUGCCAGCACCCUGCCCACCUAUCAGAGGUCGGAAGUCAUGCUCUUUAUCAUGAGCAAGGUGCCUCUUCCUUCUCUGCAUCACCCUCUUGACAUGGCGGGCAAAGCUGGGGAGAACAGGAAUCGGCUGACACAAAUUAUGCUGCUGAAAUCACUCCUACAGGUGUCCACUGGUUUCCAGUGCAGCAACAUGUUGACGGCCCUUCCCAGCUCCUUCCUGGACCGGCUGCUCUCGGCAGCGUUGAUGGAGGACCCCGAGAUCCGUCUCUUUGUCCUCCAGAUUCUUAUCAGCUUCAUCGACCGGCAAGGGAACAAGCACAAGUUCCAGACAAUCAGCACCAUCAGCGACAUCUCCAUCCUGAUGCUGAAAGUGGACAAGUGUUCCCGGCAGGAUACCGUCUUCAUGAAAAAGCACUCCCAACAGCUCUAUCGGCACAUCUAUUUGACUUGCAAGGAGGAGAAUAACAGCCGCGCUCACUACGAGGCUCUCUACGCUCUUCUGGCACUCAUCAGCAUCGAACUGGCCAACGAAGAGGUGGUGGUGGACUUGAUCCGGCUGGUGCUGGCCAUGCAGGAGUUGGCCCAGGUCAACGAAGACAAUCUUCCCCUGUACGGCCGCUGUGCUCUCUAUGCCUUGGGAGCAGCCUACCUGAACCUGAUCAGCCAACUGACCACAGUGCCUGCCUUCGUCCAACACAUCCAUGAGGUCAUAGACAUGAGGCAGAAGGAAGCCCCAUACAUGCUCCCUGAAGGUGUGUUUGCAGAGAAGCCCAGGCUGUCAAGAAACCUGGACCGCCUUGGCCCCGAGAUCCUCUUCCGGCAGAGCAAGAUCAGCGAAGUCCUGGGAGGAAGCGGCUACAAUUCAGACAGGCUCAGCACGCCUUACAUCCCCCAGCUGACAGAUGAAGACAGACUGUCCAAGAGGAAGAGCAUUGGAGAGACCAUUUCGCUACAGGUUGAAGUGGAGUCGAGAAAUAGCCCCGAAAGAGAAGAGAGGGCACCUGCCGAAGAGAUUACAUAUGAAACGCUGAAGAAAGCAAUUGUAGACAGUGUUGCUGUGGAGGAACAAGAGAGGGAAAGGAGACGGCAGGUGGUAGAGAAGUUCCAGAAAGCUCCAUUUGAAGAAAUCGCAGCUCAUUGUGGUGCCCGGGCAACUCUGCUCCAGAGCAAGCUCAACCAGAUAUUUGAGAUCACCAUAAGACCCCCUCCAAGCCCCUCGGGGACCAUCACCGCUGCGUACGGACAGCCACAGAGCCAUUCCAUCCCGGUCUACGAGAUGAAAUUCCCGGACCUCUGUGUCUACUGAGAAGCUGAUUUGCAUGCCAGGGCCUCGGCCAUGCACCAAAUCAUCCUCGGGCCGCGUGGAAUGCUGCCGUGCCAUGUGCAUACGCCAAAAGGGGAUUUUGGGGAGGGGGGCGACUGGGGGGAGACCAGAAGAGGCGCCCCUCGGAGCCGCUUCCCAAGCAAGGUGGGCAAGUGUCAUCGUCCCUUACAAUCCACACCCUCCGGCCAUCCUCUUUGGUUCUCUCUGUUCUUCGUGCUCCACUCGUUUCCCAUCAUGGAGAAGCCACUUCCGGAAAGACUUUUCCAGAGAGUCAGGAGGAGGCGGGGAAGCCGUUUUGGGCUUCUCCUUUUAUAGAAGAGGUUUUGAAAGUUUUUCGCGGGUUUGAAUGUUUUGUUUCUGUCUGUCUGUCGUUCUCUUUCUCCAGUGAAAGCCUGUGUUGAUCACCCAGUACAUAAAAUGAGUUUAUUCUCUGUCUCUCUCUGCCUCCUUUCUCUUCGUGGAACUGAAUAUAAAUACCUCACUCUCAGAAAAGUCUUUUUUUUCCUUACUAUUUUUCAUUUUUACUCUUUGUUCCUUCCUUCCUUCCUUCCUUUCCUCCCCUUCCUCCUACUCUUCUUCU